AUUAACAUCGUUUUGGGAUACUGAUAGGCCAGAAAUUGAUAAGAGUAACUAACAAAUUUAACUGAUGAAUUUUAAUUUGUGGCAGUGAAGUUGUAUAAAGAAUAAGGGAGGACAUUUUUGCUGUCUUGUAUGAAAAAAAAAUGUGGAUGACUCUUUACAUGUUCUUCAGACAGAUUUAUUUAGCAAUAAAUUUGCAAUGUGUAUCUGUGCACAAAACAAAGAGGUAGAGAUGUAACUAAAAGUCUGAAUUGUUAAAUAUCCAAGUAAUAAUGGAAGUGCCAUUGUUAAGUGACUAUAAAAGUGGGUUUAUAGUGAGAAGAGUAAUCCAGACAGUUUUAGGUGGUCCAAGACUUUUUUUGACAUUUAAAGCUCCCAUACAUACAUAUUGUAUCCAGAUAUUUCUUUAUUUUUUACCAUGGAUUCUUGGUGGAAUUUUUACCGUGUUGGUGGACCAUGAAGUGUUAUCAUCUCAAGUAGCUAUGUACAUAUGUGGUUCUCUUAUGUUUGUUACUGUUUUUGCCAUACAAACAACAAAUGCUUGCAUGCAACACAAGCUCUCUUCAGUUUCAAAUGUUGACAAGAAGAAUUACUUAAAAGAAGAUGAUGAGAUUGAAUUCACUUCAUUCUUUGGACUUGAAACGUAUCAGUUUUUGUUUCCAUCAAAGAGACACAUGUUGACUAUUUUAGUUCAUGCAGUAGUAUCAGCUUUUAUGUGUGCUGUAGCUGUUGAUUACCUGAGGUUGUUGGAGAUGAGCGACUGGUGGAAAAGUCGAUCAGUAGCAGUAAUACUCUUUAUAUUUGGCUGGAUGUCUGUGUGUAAUGCCCAGUAUUCCUUGACUGCCAAUGGACCAUUUGAAACUGCCAUAUUCAGUACAAAUAACAAUCAAAUACUGGGACCACUCUUUCGACCAUUUUAUGUUUGCAUAUUUCUUGUGGUGCAUGUUAUAACAUGGGAAAACAAAAGAUGGAAAGAUACAGAUGCUUAUUUAAAAUGUGUAUUACCUUUCUUACCAUUGAUGUGGACUUUUGGUGUGUUACCUCCACUUGAUGGAUUAAUAAUGUGGAUGGGAGAACAACUGCUCACACAAGGAUGUGGAGGUUCACAUAUGGCUUCAAUGAGAGACUUAUUGGUCAUUAUGUUAUUGAGCAUUACAGAGGUGAUCAUUGUCUACUUUCUCAAAAGCUGGGAAGCUGUUGUUUGGUUUGCCUCAUCAUUUGGAUUUCUCCUGAGCACAGACCUAGGAUAUCUGGUUGUUUGGGUGAAACGUAACCUUCCAAAGAAAUGUCAGCAUCAGAUAGGAAUAUUAUGCUCAUCUCCAGUCAGAAAUGAAAACAGUUUAAGGAAGUGGAAGUUACUUACUGCUGUGGCACAUUUUUGCUUGUUGGUUGCUUUAGCUCUAAUUGCAGUCUGUCCUCAUAUUGUAAAUAUCUCUGAAAGUAUUAUCAGUAAACUCUGGAGACAUAUGGGAUAUGUAUUUUUGGUUCUGUUCAUCUUACAAAAGAUUUUAAGUAACUCACAGUCUAUAUAUAUCGUUGGAGGAGUAUUCAGAAACAAACUAUUUCCAGCAGAUAUAAAUGACAUAGAAAAGUUUCAAAAGAAGAAGAAGAAACUUGUGGGAUUUCGUAUCUUGCGGUCAUUACUCUUGAAACUUUGUAUUCCACUUCUCAUGGUGUUCUAUUUGUCGGUCUUUGGUUAUCAAAACUGGAUCAACAGAUCUGAAAAACUUUUGUUUUCUUUUGCAGUUGUCCGCGCCUUCCGAGUAAUAUGGCAGCACACGGAGAAUGGCCUUUUCGAACUUACUGUUGUACAUCUUGUUUACCAGAGUUUGAGGCCUUCCAUGCCAUCUAACAUACACAUACUAAUAGUUUUCUUGUUAGCUGGUAUAGCACGAGAUAGACUGUGUAGGUUCUGGCAUCAGCUGUACCUUGUUCUUGUUCUAAUGGUGACCUCUGUUAGUCAACCUAAACAGCGAUUCAAAUACAGUUGGCUUCUUCUGUGCCUGGAAAUUCUGCUUCUACCAGUAGUGCUGAGCAUUUCCCUUACUGCUUCUUUCCUUGCAGCUCCUAUAGUACCUCUCUUCACGCUGCCAGUCUUUCUUGUGGGGUUUCCUCGACCACUGAGAUUCUGGCCUGAAAAGGUUGGAAAGUCUGCAAAUUACUGUCAAGAUUCAGUAUUUUAUCAACAGCUAAUUUCAUCAUUAACUACCAGUCUUCAGCAAUCUCUAUCUGCAGGUAGCUUAGGAAACAUUACACCAGGAGAUUACUACUUAGCCAGAUUUCAGGAUCGCCUUAUAUGGCUCCAGAUUCUGGAAAGAGGAUAUGGCUAUUGCAAGCUUAGUGUGAAGGGUUUGGAGUUGCAAGAAACAUCAUGUCAUGCAGUAGAAGCUUCCCAGAUUGAUGCUAUAUUUGAACAGAUGUAUAGCAAUGGUGAAGGAUUAGGGAGACAAUAUUUUCAUCUGAACAGAAACAUCUUUAAUACUCUUAUUCCUUGUGAUAGUAUUCUAGUCCGUACUUAUUCUGACGCUAGAAAUGUGUUGACAGGGCUAAUUGAUGCACCAGAAACUCUGAAAUUAAUAGUGACCUUCUUUCCCAAAGUUCUCACUUGGAUCUUGUUACAUCAUCUCAUCUCAAAGCUGUCAAGAGAUCACUCAGCUUCAGCUGUUUUUCCAAAUGAAAAACCUGAUAAUUCUUAUUUAGCUUCUGUUCCAAAAAGACCAGCAUCAAGCCAGAGCCGUAUUAUAGCAAUGAAGAUGACAGAAUUAGAACCAGUCCACAAAGUUGUGGAUCAAAAUAUUGAGCAAGUAAAUGACUGGGCAGAAGAAGAAGAAGAAGAACAAGAUAAUAGUAAUAAAGAAGCUUUAUGGGCAGAAGCAGUGGCUUCCUAUCCCAUGAAAUUGUCCUGGUCUGAUGAAGAAGAUCCUUUGGGUGAGUCACCACCCAGGAAAUCAAAUAUGAUGAAAGAAUCUAAGGAAUGUGCUAGCACUCCAAAAUUUGAGGGAUCACAUGUGAUCAAAACAAACAGUGAUGGAAGUAUACCUGGCCUUUUAGAUGAUGAUUUUCACAGGAUAAUUGAGUUGGGAGCACCAACAAAAGGUAGUAUCAAAUCACGUAUUGUAAGUGCCAGAAGACAAGCUUGGACCCCAGAUAAACUUGAAGUAGAACCUGAUACAGCUUUCUUUACACCUCAGUACAGGUUUCCAUCUUCAUCCAGACUUGGGCCCCCAGGAGAGUGGCUUAGCUGUCCUGUAAGUAAAGAAUUAACAUCCAGCAUGAAAGACUUCUUCAGCAUCGAAUGGUUUCAAGCCAUCCUUGAAAUGCUGUUGGAGAAACAUGAAGAUCUGAAAAAUCUUUAUAGUGAUGAUGCUUUAAAGGAUAGUGGACUUCUAGAAGCUUACCAACAUGUAGUUCUUGCAUGUCACCAUGGAGUUAAUCUUGCAAGUACUUCUAAGAAAAGUGCAGCUGAUUUAGGACCAAGUCAUGUUCACUCAGUAUUUCAUUCCAGUUUACCAGUAACCUCAGCCCAAGAUUGGCUUAAGAAGACUGAAGAUCUUUUUCAUCUAGUCAUUAAAGCAUACAGAUACUCAGUCAAACUAGCCAUUGAUCAAGCACUAUUGGGACCAAUAUUUACUGAGGAAGAAUUGCAAGAGUAUCUUGAGGACUAUGACAGUAACUGGUAUAUUGGAGCUGACACCUCUGAUGAGUGGACUAAAGCCAUUUUAUUAGAGUAUUCUUAUCUCUUUUCUCUUGGUAUCAAUACAGACCAGAAUACAUAUACCAGUCAUCUACUGACCUUACAAACCUUGCCUAUCCAUCUUGGUCAGUUAAAUUCAGCUGCAGUUGAGGGUGUGUGGAGCACCCUGGUAUUAGAGAUGUUAUACUUUACUAAUGAUGAUGAGGAGCGAUAUAGCAUCCAAGCUCACCCUACUAUCCUACGUAAUAUCACCAUCCAAGCAGCUGACCCUCCACUUGGUUAUCCUAUAUACUCUUCACCUCCUCUAACUAUUCCUCUUCUGUAUUGAGUCUCACAUUGUGUGUCUGUUUCUACAAACUUUUCUCAAAGUUAGAUGAUUAAGUUUAUAUAUUUUUUUAAUCAUUUUAUAAAUAUUACUUCAGCAUUAUCAGGAUUGCUUGGAUAAUGUUGUCACAAUUCACUUACUUUUGGUGGCCUUGUAGUUUUUGAAACUUAAAUAUAAAAGUUUUGAAUAAUCUAUUUUGCACAUUUUGUAGAAUAAGGAAAUCAUCAAAAUGAUAGUUGUUAUUCUUGAACAUGGCUCAAACCUCAAUACUCUGUUUCAAUAUUCCUUUUGUAGUUU